GGCGGGGCGGGGCGGGGCGGGAGUCUUUUGCGCGAGGGCUCGGGGCGCCUGGCGGCCUCGGCACGGCAGUGCCGGCGGCAGCGGCGAGCCCCGUGCCUGCGCCCCGCCGGCUCCCUCCCUCCCUCCCUCCCUCCCUCCCUCGGGCUGCGAGUCGCCGCGGCCUCCUCCAUGCGGGAAAGGAGGAGGAGAAGGAGGUGGGAGCUGCUCGCCGGCCAUCCCCGGCGCCCGGCAAGUCGGAGCCGACCCGCCGCGCCGCUGCUGCCGCAUCUCCCCGCGGCGUGAGCCCUGCCCGCCGCGCCGCUCCCAGCCCCCCCGCCCGGGGUAUUUUAUCUCCCCCCCCCUUUUUUUUUUGUUUUCUUCCCCCCCCACCUUUGCUUCUCACCCUGGCUGCGAGCAGAGUGUCUUCAUGAGCGCGGAGGAUGUCCGGGAAGCACUACAAGGGGCCUGAAGUCAGUUGUUGCAUCAAAUAUUUCAUAUUUGGCUUCAAUGUCAUUUUCUGGAGCCUGGGAAGCUGCUCUUUCACCCCUGCAUGAGAGACGGUGUUGUGCUGGAGCAUCAGAUUUGAGACCAGCCGUGUCGUGAAGAAUGCAGUCUAUUUAGACAAGACAAAAGAUGUUCCUUGGCAUAGCAUUUCUUGGGAUUGGAUUGUGGGCAUGGAAUGAAAAGGGAGUGCUGUCCAAUAUCUCCUCCAUCACCGACCUGGGAGGCUUUGAUCCAGUUUGGCUCUUCCUAGUGGUAGGAGGAGUUAUGUUCAUUCUGGGAUUUGCAGGAUGCAUUGGAGCCUUGCGAGAAAAUACCUUUCUGCUCAAGUUUUUUUCUGUGUUCCUUGGAAUUAUUUUCUUCCUGGAGCUUACUGCCGGUGUUUUAGCAUUUGUUUUCAAAGACUGGAUCAAGGACCAACUGUAUUUCUUUAUAAACAACAACAUCAGAGCAUACCGAGAUGACAUUGAUUUGCAAAACCUCAUAGACUUUACACAGGAAUACUGGCAGUGCUGCGGGGCUUUUGGAGCUGAUGACUGGAACCUUAACAUUUACUUCAACUGCACCGAUUCCAACGCGAGUCGAGAGCGCUGUGGUGUGCCGUUCUCUUGCUGCACGAAGGACCCUGCCGAAGAUGUUAUUAACACUCAGUGUGGCUACGAUGCAAGGCAAAAACCAGAAGUUGAUCAGCAGAUUGUUAUCUACACUAAAGGCUGUGUCCCACAGUUUGAGAAAUGGCUGCAGGACAAUCUUACCAUAGUUGCUGGUAUAUUCAUUGGGAUAGCGUUACUGCAGAUAUUUGGGAUAUGCUUAGCCCAGAAUUUGGUUAGUGACAUUGAGGCUGUCAGAGCCAGCUGGUAAAACUGCUGAAAUAACCACAACAAGACACUGGACAACUGAAACCCUCUGAAACCUCCAGUGUGUCGCUCCGACACCAAGCUGUAUGGACAUGGGUGACAGGGAAGCCUUCUCUCCCAAGUAGUCUCGAGUCUUAAGUUCCUGACAUUGCAGUGAACUCAUGUUUCUUGGGUGGGGUGGGGGAGAGAAGAGUGGGCUCUCUUAAAAUCUGCUGCUCACUGACAAUUUUUUUGUUUUAAACCACCAGUUUGAAAGCUGUUGAGCUGUGAAUCUCUACUGUAUUCUUGAUCCCGAGUAACAUGUGGACACUUUUUAAAAUUGGUGUAUUCAGUGGGACAGAGUUGCAUUGUAGUUUGUGGAUAUGCUGUUUAUUCUUUGUGUCAUGAGCUCCUGAUAGCUGCCAAAUAUUCCUGAGAUGGUCUCUCUCUUCACCACUCUGUAAAGGAACAAUCUUGUUUUCACAGCUAAAGAUAGCUACUGGCCUAAACCCAUUAAGCAGGAAGCAACUUUCUAUGCAUCUAUUGUACAGUAAAUGAAAUUGUUUUUAAAACAAGGGAAAACUUUUUUUACACAAGCUUCCGACCGUCUCUCUGUAGUACUUUGAGGUUGGAACGGGCAAACUCGCAGGGAGAAUUGCCUAAUUUUAUCAACAUCUUCCUUUCUCCACCCUUGUAUGAAGGGAAAGGAGUUUUAUAUUUGACAAACAAGGGUUGCAGAGCCUUUGGUUGCUGCCAUACCUUAGGGUAUCAGCCUCUUAAGGCAAAAAUGGGAUAUAACUGUAUAAAAUGUAUGAAAGCAGUGUGGAUGUUGGGUCCAAGUGAAUAAUGUUAUUCAAAGAAUGAACUAUAUAUUAACUUAACAAAAACAAAACAUAUAUAUCUGAUAUGGCUAAAUCUUUGGUUUCUCUGGAAUUUAGUGUAACCUAAUGUAUUUGGGGAUCUCACUAAUAUUAGUAUUUUGAUAUACUUGUGCAAAACUUCUUUAAAAGUAUUGCCUUGGUCUGUUCCUAGCUGAGGCUUUGGUCUGUCUUUUUUUUUCUUUCCUUAAAUUCUUCUUACUUGCAUGAGCUGUGGAGUAAGAAUCUGUGACACUCCAGUGCUUUAAAUUUGUGGAUAUGUUUUAAUAACAGUCUAAUCCCAACUUAAUUAUUGGUUAAUGCAUGCGAUUAUGGAAAGAUCAUAUCCCCUUCCCUUGGAAGUUGGAGAGAACAGCUUUUGCCAGAGUAAAUGAUUACCUACCUUCAGUGAAAAAAUCCUCGCUAAGUGUAUGUCUCCCUUUCGUUGCUCUAAAUGCAACAAAAAGCUUUCUGAAGCAAUGGAAUAAAAGUUUUAAACCAGAUGUUUGGAUCAGGAUCAACCAAGGCACAGUCCCUUUUGAAUUGGACAAAAGACGGUAGAAUUUGGAAUAAAGCACAAAUAGCGGAAGAAGAAUUAGAUCAGACUCCAUCCAGCUUAGAGUUUGCAGUCCAUUCUUCUUUACAAAAAACGAACAUACGCACCUAACCGUGGCUUGGGUAGUUUUAUUGCACUUUGUAUAAAUCUUGCUUAUCGUAGGACCCUUCUGAGUGUCGGUCGAACCAGUCCUGAAAGCUGUGAGCUGCUGGCUCCUGCUUUGGUCGGACGGGGCUAAAGGGUGCGUAGCACCCUUUUGUGAGAAGUUUAACGUCUUUGUGGGUCGAGCUUCCUAAGAUGAAGUAUGUGGAGUGGAGGAAACGAAUGCAUUGACUCGUAAACACGCGAGUUUGUAUACCUUUCCACGUUCUGCCUUUCUGUGCUCUAGUCGGCCGUGUGUUUCCCCUCCGAAGGCCGGUGGUAGGCGUGUUGGCGUCCCACGGAUGCCGCAGAUCGUCCCAUCGCCCUCCUGGCUUUGAGCGUUACCUCAUCCUCCCCUGGUUAACUCCCCUGCUGCCUGUGAAUCAGGCAGCCUCCAUAUCCUUUGGUAUCUGCUGUUAAAGGCCAGCCGUGACUCAGAGCGAUUUUUUUUUAAAAGCCUUUGAAAGCAAUUAUAACUCACUGUCCUUAAUAAAGUUGGUUCCACCUCACCGCAGUGUUAUGUUUUUCUUAGCCACUCCUCAGCCUGAGGACUUGCUGGUGUUUGCUUUCCCCCCUCGCCCCCACAGAGGGGGCACGCAGUUUUCCUGAUAGCAGCAGGACAGGCAGAUCAUCGCUGCUCUCCUAUGAAUGGUGUGGGGAGAUAUCAGGGAACCAGGGUUCAGGAAGCAGCCCCGCCACCCGAGAGCCUUGUUUGUUUGUGACCCAGCACUUUGAAUUGGAGGAAAAGAAAAAGCCUGCUUUACAGAAACUUUCCUUGUUGCCACUGAUCUCGAAUGCUGCUGUUGCUGCCAUGGGCUUCUGAAGGUAACUUCUGUUUUACUACUUGAAUUUCUGCAGUUGCUCUGCAUCGGCCUCUUGUCUUGUCGCGCUGCUCUCUAGUUCCAGUCCGCUGGAAACGCCGUAGGCAGGGUCAGGCUGAUAGGAAGGCAGAUGCUCUCGGAGGUGAGGAAAUCUUGUUCUCACUACUUGCAGGUGUACACACAAAUGUGCAACCCUUCUGCUGAGUCCCAGAAAGACUGACUGUUCUUAUGAAAACCACUAAAUAAGGACUUAUAUUUUUCUAGAGCUUGUCUUCACUGCUGCAGAUGCUAAUAUCCCUCCUCCCCAAAGAUACUCUUAUUUUUCUCAUUUCUCAUAAUUGUUUGUGAUGGAUGCAAACUGAAUGUUCAGGGUUAGCUGCCUGUAUUGCACCUCUCAACCCCACGUUUUUGUCGACAGGCUGGGUAACGUGCUCUUAGAAACGCCCCAUCUACUCGGCAGCUGAGGUGUCCAGGUUGGACACCUCCUCGUGGGAGGCCCUGGAAGUUGAUGCGUUAUCCCCAGAGCCUACCAAAUGCAAACACACUUUCUUCCAGAAAACUGCGAAAAUUUCGGAUGGGCUGCAGCCAGAGCACAACUGCUGGCUAUGCAGGCUCAUUUUCUAAAGCAAUAAGAUACGGCAGGCGCUGUAACUUCUGGGCGAUUUCUAGCCUGCCGUAGGAGGCGGUAGGGUAGACACGCAUGUAGAGGUCGGUUGAACUAUCUUUGAAGUGCAGGAGUUGUUCAGAAAUGCAUCGUCGGGCUCCUGGCCUGUCGCGGAGCGGGAGAGCUGCAUUGGCUGGGCAAUAUGUAUGUGAGGUGGUGUUGCCGACUGGCGGUCUGAAAGCUUCAGUGGCGGCCAUGCUCCUGAAGCCACUUCCAAAUCCCCCACCGAGCCCUUCAGAAAAGCAUCGCGGUCCUUGCUGCUUCGGUUUCCAAAUUAUCUCCGUGUUCGCAGGCCUUUCUUACUGUUAGCCUUUUCUUAUUUUUUUGGGAUAGCCUAAUGGGCAAACGUUUGAAUUUCUGUGUGCGAGUGUCUGUUUCAGUAGCAGCAGAGAUCUCUGCUUCGACAUCCCUAACUUGGACCGUGACCCUCAGAGCUGUAAGCUGUGGCGAUGGUUGCUCAAGUGUGCUCUGCCCUCAAAGCCCUCUGCCCCCGUGGAGAGAGGGGCUAGCUGUCAUUCUGGUGUGUAAAUAGUGUCUGAAAUGUAAAUACUAGCAUGCAAAUGAAACGAUUCUUGCACAUGACUGCUCUUCACCCUCACAGUGUUUAUAGCGAUAUGAAAGACGUCCAGUGUGAGAGUUUGCCCAUCAGCGUUCAUCGGGCCGGGCCGGUCGUUUGGGCUCUACCUCGCCGCAGGGGUGAGCCAGGAGUGCUUUAAUCGCCUGCCAUCUAGUGUCUCCCCAGCCGACUUACAGCUGGCACCUGCAGAAGGUAACACCCCAGCUCUCCCCUGGGGCUUGGGGUAGCAGCAGGACCUCCCUUGCCCUUUUCCUUCGCUGUCUACUUAGCAUUAGGAAAAGCGUUGGACUGUAAAGCGUAGGGCCCGCAUCAGCACUCCCUACCUGCCAGGGGAGGUUGCCAGCACUUGCGGCAGGACUAAACAUGGUGCUAAGAAUUGCUACUGUCCUGAACGUUCAUCUGUGUUUUUACUCCUUCAGCUGUGCCCAGGGUAAAAUUGCUUCUCAUUGACAAUGAUCGCAGGAGAAACUCUCGUGCGGAUUUUGAAGUCCGUUGCCCUUCUUGCUGUGCCUGCGCCUCCUGGGCGCACGGUGACGGCAGCCCUGCGCGUGCGUAGGCAGGAGACUGGGUCUCGGCAGCGUCGGGAGCUGUGAGGGCUCCGGUUCCCCCAUCCCGCUUGGUUUCUCUCACUGAAACUUUCUCAGCUAUCUGUACUUGAGUCUCCUUGGUCAUGAAACCGUUUAAAGUAAACAACAACAAAAAACCCUGUUCAUAUUGUUUCCUCAGUUAGAUCUGUUACCGACCAGUUUUGCCAUUUGGGGGAAAAUAACAUCUUUCGCAGUUAACAUACAGUAUAAAAAUAGGUGUUGCGACUGGCAGUGGGCACCAAGCAGGUGCUCAGCAGUGCGGCACUACUGGUUGUCUUUUGUGUUUCUGCAAUACGAACCCGUUAAGAAUAAGCUCCAUGUGUACGUACGUUCAUCUUCACUGUGUACAUAGUAGAGAUGGAUCUGAUAUUACCUUGCGCUUUGGGGAGAUUGGGGUUGGGUUUUGCGGCUCAAACUCCUCUCGGUAAGUAUGCUCCAGAUCCGUUCCAAGCGGAUCUCUGUCCUUGAAUCAUCCCAGGGCAUAAGGAAAGGUGUCGAUAUUUACCUUUUGUGUAUCAUUCCUUUUUAUACGAAUGUAUUCUCUUGUGUUCCUUUUUUUAAAUCAGUUGUAAAAUUGAUUGUAAAAGCCAACUACACUUACUGAUUGAAAGUAUUGCUAUAACAGAACUGCAUGCCAGUAGAGUUUGACUUGAGCUUUAGUUGUCUGAUUUCAGACUGGUCAUCUUCAAUCUAGAAGAAGAGCAUAGAUCAGGUGCAUAUGUAUUACUUAUACGUGUCAUCUUUAGCAUUAGACUGUGGUAUUGUAUCACAUGCUGAUCUCAAUGGAUGUAACUGGAGUAUACUUGGGAAGUUAAUGCAACUUCCUGGUAAUUCAUUUUAAGCUAUUGAAAGUGGUCUUGGUCAUGCUACUUGUGUUCUUGGGUUUUUGUUUUUUAAUAGAUGCAUUUUUUAGGAAUGUUUUAAUACAUUUACGAUGGACAAUACAAUAGUUUUAAUAGUUGUGCAGUAUUCUGUAUUUACUUGAAGUAAAUCAUUUUAUAUGCAAUUUGUUAGAUAAUUACAAUUUUAUAAAUAAAAUUGUGUGAAAUAUUA